AUGAUCUACACAUGCUGCUAUUGGUACUGUUACUACUUCCCAUGCAGACCUCGAGCCAACCAAACGGAGGAAUCCGACUACGACAUCGAGAUGGGUCUUCCUCUCCCGACCCAUCAUUCUCCGACACGUUCUGUUCCGGUUCCAGUUCAUGAGAUCACUCCAAGGAUGAUCCACCAGUUCAAAGACGUGGGAGAAGAUGAAGAAGCCAGCAGCUGCACUUGCUGCCCGAUCUGUCUAGAAGAGUAUGCGCCUGAAGAUAAGGUUGUCCGUCUGUCCAAGUGCAAGCACGUUCUCCAUCCCGACUGCAUCGGUCCGUGGCUCCAAAAGAACCCCACCUGCCCCAACUGCCGCAGCUCUGUUAGCGGCGAAGACUGGUGCGUGAUGAACAAGGACGAAGAGUACGGUCCAGAAGAAGUCACGGCCGAGAAUCUUGUCGAAGAUGGCGGUGAACAAGUUCGUGUUUUGGCCUGA